AUGGCCAUCAAGAAGAAGAAGAAAUCAAGAAAGGAAGAAGAAGACACACCGUUAGUAGUGUACACGACAUAUAUUGGAGCUGUUCCGCAAGCUCUCUCUCAUUGCAAAUGGUUGGAGCAAACGUUUAAAUCACUCAAUGUACGAUACAAAAAAGUGGAUCUCGGGGUUCAAAAAGAUAUGGUCUCUUUUGUGAGGCAAACUAGUGGAAAGAGAGAACUUCCUCAAGUUUUCAUCAAUAAUGUUUAUAUCGGGGGCUAUGAGGAGUUCUUUGAUUGGCAUGAAGACGGAAAUGUAUAUUAUGUCCUCAAAGAAAUGGGAUACAGUGAUCCGAUCCCUGAAGAAUUUGACAAAUCCAAGGAACAGAUUGACCAAGAGGCCGAGGAAUAUGUCAAAAGCAAUGAAGGAGUAUUUCAAGAGAUCAAGGAAAAGGCAAAAAAGAUGGAAGCCGAUAUGGAACACUUGCAAGCAGUGAGACGGAAGUGGUUGUUCCUUCGAAAACAAAAAUUAUAUGAAAAUCUUGCUGAUUCUGAAGGUGACAGCAAAGAAAAUUCAAAAGAUGCCAUUGAAACGAAUGUCAAUGUAAAGGACAUGAUAAAACGUUUGAAUGCACAAGCAGCGUCAAUACAGCCAACAUUUCCAACUAAAAAGAUGGCAAGCGCGAAGGAGGACAAUGCUACUGCAGAGAAAAAACUGGAUGCCACGCCAUCAGAACAAGUCACAAGCGAAGAGAUUCACCAGCAGGAACAAGAAACAGUUCAAGAUGACGACGUUCCUCUACCUGUCGAUGAAUAA